GAAAUGUACAGAGAAUGAGAAAAUAUAGUAGGAUCUAAAACUGAAAAGAACAUUGAAAAUUGUUGAUCAAACAGGAAGAGACUGAGCUAGGUUCAUGGUGGAGUCCUAAAACAGAUCCACAAAGGCCAAUGGCCAAGACCUUCAAGUUACUGUAACAUCACAACGGUGUUCCGGUCCCUGUGCUCAUGGGGCCUGGCUCUGUCCCAGUUCCUGCUCUCUCGGAGCUGUGGUGAUUUGUCUUUUCCUGGGUCCUGAUCAAAUUAUCCUGAGAGCCUCACCAGAAUGGGGUCCCAGUUUUUUCAGUCUGGUAAGAGAUGAGGUCAUCUAAUGAGAAUUACUCAGCCUCAUUCACCCCUUCCCUGUCAGGCCCAGAGUGGGGUUAACCCUGCCAAAAAAUAGGCCUGUGACUUUACAUAAAACGAAGGCAGGCUACCUUGUCAGUGUUAGAUGAGCAUGCUGUUGGCUCUGCUGGUCUUCCUAUAGCUCCAUGGAAAGCCUACUAAUUACCCGAUGAUUAACUUCUCAAGGUGGCCAAGUAUGCCAAAGGCAGCGUUUUCUAUGACUAAUUGCACCGUUAAAACACAUGGCCACUGAUGAGUCUUGGGAGGCACUGGCUGCUCGGUGGUUCCGACGAGCAGCUGCUGCUGGUGGUCUUUCUGCAGAUGUAUUGCUGUCACUGAACACUGGCCCAUUGGAAAGCACUAGAGAAGCUCAGCCAUCAGUAUGUCCAAGUACAAACUGAUUAUGUUAAGACAUGGAGAGGGUGCUUGGAAUAAAGAGAACCGUUUUUGUAGCUGGGUGGAUCAGAAACUUAACAGAGGAAUGCAAGAAGCUCGGAACUGUGGGAAGCAACUCAAAGCGCUAAACUUUGAGUUUGAUCUCGUGUUCACAUCCAUCCUGAACCGAUCCAUCCACACAGCCUGGCUGAUCCUGGAAGAGCUGGGGCAGGAAUGGGUUCCCGUGGAAAGCUCCUGGCGUCUCAAUGAGCGUCACUAUGGAGCCUUGAUCGGUCUCAACAGGGAGCAAAUGGCUUUGAAUCACGGCGAGGAACAAGUGAGGCUGUGGAGAAGGAGCUACAGUGUGACCCCACCGCCCAUAGAGGAGUCCCAUCCUUACUACCACGAGAUCUACAACGACCGGAGAUACAAAGUGUGCGACAUUCCUUUGGAUCAGCUGCCACGAUCCGAGAGCUUAAAGGAUGUUCUGGGGAGACUCCUUCCUUAUUGGAAUGAAAGGAUUGCUCCUGAAGUAUUAAGUGGUAAAACCAUUCUGAUAUCUGCUCAUGGAAAUAGCAGCCGGGCACUCCUGAAACAUCUGGAAGGUAUCUCAGAUGAAGACAUUAUCAACAUUACUCUUCCUACUGGAGUCCCCAUUCUCCUGGAACUGGACGAGAACCUGCAUGCCGUUGGACCUCACCAGUUCCUGGGCAACCAAGAGGCUAUCCAAGCAGCCAUUAAGAAAGUAGAGGAUCAAGGAAAAGUGAAACGCGCUGACAAAUAAAAUCUUUCCCACGUGCUAGCUAGGGAUAGCUGCAGAAGGAUUGGUAUGCGGUGUGUUGUGGGUGCUGAUCUCUUUUUUUUUUUUUUCUCCCCCGCUGAUUUUUCCUGAUUUUCCCAGAUCUAGGCUGUGGGGUAGAGUUUGUAUAAGUAACUAGGUAACUUAUGUUGGCCCAGAUAAAGGCUUUAGGAUGCCUGAGUGCUAAUGUCAUAAGCCUUAUGCGUUAGCCCCUG